AUGUCGAUGUCCAUGAAAAUCCCAAUCGAGCUCGAGGAUUCUAUGAUGGAAUUAAAUGACUUAACCAAAACAGAAUCAGGGAUAUCAGAGAGACAACCGCAAAACAAGUCAAAGGUGGAACAUAUGGCGGCUAAAAAUAGUGAUACAACAACUUUAUCAGCCAGUAAUAACUAUGCUAGCACAAUACCUACCGAGAUCUGGCUUCAAACACUCAGCUAUCUAAAGACCAAGGAUGUCAAGAAUUUCAGGUUGAGCUCCAACCGAUAUGCAGUUCUUGGUUCUGAACACCUCAUCCAAACUUUCGUAUUCCAGACCAAUAGACUAGAUCUUGAAAGGUUGGAAAAAAUCUCUCGAGAACAUCCGAGAACAUUGAAAAAUGUCCAGGAGAUCAGAUUCGAGAAGGGAUUUGUGCCUAUAAAAGGCAUGUAUCGUGUUCUACAUAAGGAAUACAGAGACGCCUUCACAUGGGAUGCUGAAGGCAGAAAUGUGGAACACUUUCUUGGAAAAGAGCCCAUCGAUAUCUGGGAAAUCCUAUCCGAAUACCUUGUUUGGUAUAAAUCAUGGAACAAGGCAGCUCAAAACUAUUAUGACCUUGAAAGGAUGACCAAGGCAUUUAAGGAUUUAAAGAAUGCCACUUGUAUUCGCUUCUCGACUAGCAUUCCCGAUUUCAAGUCUGAAGCCUUGACCCGCGCGUGGGCGAAAGUCACUCUUCCUAAAGCUUACGGAGGCCUCUGGAAAUCAAGGGAAUUGGAGACAGUUAUGAUAGCUGCACACAAUUCCAAGGUAAAAGUCCGUCGUUUCGUCCACGAUUCCGCUCCUACCGCAUUUUUCACACAGACUUUGAAUCAGCUUGAAAAUACUCUCAAGCCUUUCCGUGAUCUUGAGAGUCUAGAGCUGUUAUGUGACGGAAUGCAACAACCAGUACGCGGAUUUCGAAUGAGCAAGAGGUUUUGGACUGGACUGUGGAAGGCGGCGCAAAUGGCGCCAAAUUUGGAGACUUUACAUCUGGGAUUGCUUGCAGGCGGGUACUGCGAUUACAAUAUUUACGACUAUGUGCCCCUUAGAAAGGUCCUGGGGGACUUUACCUGGCCUUCGUUGACUCGCUUACGAGUCGAUAACAUGACAUUGUGCGAGAAAGAUUUGACCGCUUUUCUCCUCAGGCACGCCUCUUCUCUGCGACAUCUGACAUUGAGUCAUAUUUAUUUAUGUCGAGGUUCAUUUCAAAGUUUUUUUAAGGCCCUGAGAGAACGACUCAAGCUUGAAAGUUUUCAUGUCGAUGGUCCAAUGCAUUCACCUGCCGGUCUGGAACUAUGGUAUUUCUUUUCGAAGGAGAAAGAGGUUGUAGAACACUCUGAACUCACGGAGGAGGAGAAUCUUCGUGAAAGACUACUCACUGAAGCUAAGCUUCAAUUUUACAAGGACAACAAGGACAGACAGCCGGGAAAGACGUGGCUGCUCAUGCAGGAAGACGAUCUCGCUGAUGAGCUGUCUGCCCGACUCUCGGCGUAUGUUCUCAACAAAGGCGACGCGACAGAUUGGCCUAGUGAGCUUAUCAGAAAAGUAGCGAAAGCCAUUUCAUAUAAUGGUAGAGUGGGAGAAUACGAUGGCCAGACUGAUGAGCAAAUGGGCGCCACGUGGGAUGUCGAGCUAGCUCAAGAACUGCUAGAUACCGACACCGCUAGCUGGGCGAAGUUCGAAGGUGAACUACCAGAGCAUACGCACUGGCUAAUACUUGAUCGGGCUUGGAAAAAUGAACCGACCUACCCAAGUAGUAAGUGGGCUUUGUGGGAUGAAUUGGAAGAGGAGACUGGGGUUCGCGCAUUGUACGAUAAUGCUUCAUUUGCAUGA